AUGACCCGCGUCCGCGUCACGUGUCGCUGCCGAACGGGGGAUGGGGCGGCCGGGGGCGAGCGGGCCUGGGCCCCGCGCCUGGGUCCUGCGGCUGCUGCUCGGGCUGGCGGCCUGGCGGGGCGGCGCGGGCGGGCGGAGCCCGGUGUGCGGCUGCUGCCCGGGCCCGGCGCGGAACGGCUCCAGCGUGGCCAGUUACUGCGGGGCACGUCCAGCCUUGGAGCUGCGGGGACGCUGCUGCCUCGGCCCGGAGCCGGGUGCCAUCGUGGGGCUGGAUCUGGGCAACUGCUCCCUGACGCUCCUCUGUGCUGGGUUCCCGGAUGCCAGCGCUGCUGUUGUCAUUGACCUGACAGAGAACCCCCUGGAGAACAUCCCCAACGCCUCCUUCCAGGGCUUCACCAGGCUGCAGAGCAUAUCCUUGCCGCUUGCCCUGGAAUGCCCUGGAGGGAGCAUGGCCUGGGACCACAUCACCACCCGCGGGAACAGCCGAACCUGCCAGGGGCAUACGAACCCCUGCAACAGCUCGGGGGAGCUUGCCUGGCUGUGCCCAGAGAACUCCCUGUGUAGCCCCGACGGCCCUGGGCUCGUCCAGUGCCUGUGCGCCGGGAGCUACCACGGCUACAAGUGUCUGCGCGAGGGCACCUUUCCCAUGCUGCUCUUCUAUGGGAUCCUGGGAGCCGUGACGACCACCCUGUCCCUGCUGGCCUGGGGCACCCAGCGCCGAAAAGCCAAGGCCUCCUGAGCCCCUCCUGGAGGACGGCGGAAGGGCGGAGACUGGGCUGGGGGGCCUGCGCUGGGGCUUCUCCCCAGCCACUGAGCUCGCUAUGCUGGCUCCCUCGCUUCACCUGCCGAUGGACUCUGGGGGGCAGCGCCUUGGAACGGUCUGCGCUGGCUGCCUGCACCCCCUCGUUCUGUGCCAGUGGAGGAGACCCGGCCCCAGCCUGCACUGGGCACCCCGCCUCGCCCCUCCCCAGACCACCCCUAGGGUCCCCCAAUCUCACUGCCCUGCCCCCUCAAGGUGAGUCUCCUGCAGGGUGCUCUGCGCAGGUCACACCCACUUGGAGCCUGCGGCUGGGGAGCAGCCUGCUCCCCGAGCACAGAUCUUCUCUGAGCAGGACGUGGGCGCUGGCCUGCAAGGUCCCCUGUGGAGUGGAGGCUUCUGGGUCUGACACCCUCCACCCCAAGUUUUGGAACCACAGGGCUGGGCUAUGCCCCUGCCUGGGAACAGUCUCUGGGAGGAGCCCUUCAGUGGGCCAGAGCUCCCAGGGUCUCACUCUUCCCGCAGGGUGAGCCACGCGGCCUCACCUCCUCCUAAGACUGGGCCCCUGGGACUGCAGCCCCCCUACCCCACCCCAGGAGCUCCAGGCAGCGAGUCUGGGACAGACUCUGGGGAGACGUGUACCAUCUGGGGGAGCAGGACCCCCCCCCAGCGUCUGCAGGGACACCCAGCCAGUGCGGGCAGACAGGCGGGUGUAUCUGUGGCCUGGCACCUGGCACAGGCAGCCCUGGGGUAGCCAGGGAAAUGAGGAUUAAAGGCUGACCAAGCUGCAGUGAACCCCA